UGCUACAAGGCUCAGAACUGCGCCUCGAACUUCUGCCGCAACAACCGCUGCGUCGCCGCGCCGGGCGAGGCGACGAACGGCAUCGGCUGCAACGCGAGCGUGCAGUGCUCCAGCGGCUACUGCCAGAACCGCGUGUGCGCCGACAAGGCGGCCGACGGAUCCAGAUGUUAUAAGCCACAGGGCUGUUCGAGUGGUUUCUGCAUCAACCGGCGCUGCGCUGCCAAGGACAACGCGCCCGACGGCACGACGUGCACGCAGUCGAUCCAGUGCGACUCCGGCUACUGCCGCCGCGGCCGCUGCGACGUCAAGAAGCCCGUCGGACACGUUUGUUACAAGUCGGUCGGGUGCGAGACGUCGCACUGCCGCAACAAGCGCUGCACGCUGUACUAA